GCUGCCGGCGGGCCGGGCCGGGCCGGAGGAGCGGGACGCGGGCCCUGGGCCGUGCGGGCCCCUCCGGAGCCGCGCGCCGGGGCUGCGGGACACCCUGCUGCGGGCGGCGGCGCGGGCGCUGGGGGCCCCACGCACCGACAGCGACGGGCGCUGCGCAGGGACGCUGCCGCAGCUGCUGCUCUGGGGCUUCCACCACAACCUCAGCUGGGACGCCCGGGGCCUGGGCUUCACGGCUGGGGUGCUCCCCGCUCCGCCGCCCCUCCCCGGCUGCCUCCAGCCUGUCCCCCGGGCAGCAGCUUCCGUGCCCCAGGGCCAGCCCUCGCUCCUGCCCCCUGUUCUGGAGACUGUGUGCAAUGACAGUGUCCCUGGGCUGCCAGGCAUCUCCAACUUCACGGUCUACCUCUACUGCAACCUCUUCAACAGCUCCCGGGGCUCCGGCCAGCGCCUAGGGGACCUGGGGGCUGCCUGCUCCAAUGCAGCCUGGUACCUCUCUGCGGGUGAGGGAGGCUCAGCAUGGGCCCGGGCCUGCUGGGAGCACUACCCUGCCCAGUUCAACAGCACUGUCUGCAGCAACACCUCCUUGAGGGAGACCCCUGGGCCCCAGCAGGACCUGCUGGAGCAGCUCUGUGCCGACCUGGCCCGGGGCCUGGCAGGGGCCCGGCCCCCCAGCCGCAGUGCCUGCCCGCUGGGUGCGCGCUGGGAGGACGCCUGGAGCUGCUUCCUGGGAAGCCGCGUGCUCUGGGGCGCCCGGCUCUGCGGCAGCGGGAGCCGUGAGUUGCUGCCCACUGACCUCCGGGCCUGGCUCUCCCAGCUGUGCGGCGAUCCCCAGCCCCAGGCACAGAUGCCAAGCGCCUCAGAGCCUGGGGGCGCAGACCCCUGCUCCUUCAGGGCCCAGAGCCUGUGGGCACGGGGGAACGCUGGCCUCUUGGACCUGUGCAGGACUGUGCCUCCCAGCUGCUUCCAGGAGCUGGUGUGCACCAAUGCCUCCCUCCUGCAGCUGCUGGGGCAUCCCCAGCCUGUGGUCGGGGUACACUGCCAGGGCACCCUGCCCGGGGGACACUGCCUGCUGAAGCAGCUCCUGGCGCUCCUGCCCCUGCACCCUAGGCUGGACGCUGCAGAGCUCUGCCCAGACCCGGCCGCCUACCUGCUGGGGCUGGCCUCGCAGCUCCCACAGUGCCAGGAGGAGGCUCCAGGCUGGGCCCCCCACGUGAACUACCUCCUGCGCCUGCUUGACCGGAGCCUGGCCCUCUCCAGACGAGAGGAGGCUGGGCAGGUGGCUGGGGAGCAGCUGAGCGAUGCCAUCCUCCUCUCCAGUCUCGUGGACAACACCUCCUUCUGGGGUUUGCUCAGGGCGAACGCAUCUACAGGCAUCCUGCGAGCUGUGGGCCGGUACCUGGGGUGGGAGCACAGGGUGUCGGCCAAGAGGGAGCUGCUGAGCUGCUUUAGUGCUGUGCUCUGGGACCUGCUCCAGGACAGCGAGGGUGCUCCUGCCUUGGACAUCCUGGCGCAGGAGUAUCUGCAGAUGCCAGAGGAGAGCUUCCAGGGACUGCUGCUCGCGGCGGGGCCCGAGGCUGUGCAGCGCUUCCUGGCCCUGCUGCACCGCUCCUGGCACCGGCUGCGCGGGGAGGUGCCGUCACCCAUGUCCGGGGAGGAGGCGCUGCCGUUGCUGGCCGUGCUGCUGCUCCGUGGAUUGCCCCAUCUCACCCCCCAGCUGUUUGUCAGCCUGUCGCAGUUCAUCCCCUUCCUGGCUGUGUCUGACAUUGCGAGGCUUCCGCCGGCCCUCCUGGCCAAUGAGAGCGUCCUCGCCACCCUGCGGACUCACAGUGCCCGCCUGACGCGGGGGCAGAAGGCCGCCUUUGCCAGGCGCCUGCUGCAGGCCCCCUUCCUCGGGGCUGUGCCCACGUGGCCCCUCAGCUUCCUUCGUGCCGUCCUGCCGCUGCUGCCCCACUUGCCGCUGCGCUGCUUCCUGCAGCUCACGCCCCAGCAGAUCUGGGGGCUGGGGGAUGGCUGGCAGCUGCUGCGGCUGGGGCUGGUGCAGGGCCGCCAUGUAGCAGGCAGCCUGGCAAACAGGAGCCAUGCAGCUGGCCCCAAGCCCGGGCACAGGCUAGGGGCCCUUGCCUGCUUCUUGAGCCCUGAGGACCUGCAGGACCUGGCAUGGCUGCGGGACCCCCGGGGGGCAGUGGAGCAGAGCCUGCUGGCGUGUGCAGCUGCAGGGACCCUACAGCAGCACGGGCGGGUCAUGCUCGCCCUGGCAGACUUGCUGCGCUCCACCAGCCUGGCCAUGGUGAGCCCUGGGGAGCUGCCAGCAUGGAGGGGCGUCCUCCCUGAGAUGGGAGUGGGCUUCCUGCAGCGCCUGUCAGCUGCCCAGCUGAAUGCCCUCCUGCCCCAGCUGCGGCCAAUGCAGCUGACGCGUGCCCAGGCAUCCUUCCUGCUCGCAUGGGCUGUCCAGAAGGACAAUGUGACAGCGGGGGAAGCAGCCAGGCUGUGUCCUCUCCUGCCAGGCCUGGGACCUGCGUUGCUGGCAGCUGUCCUGGACCCCCUCCGGGUCCAAGGCUGUGCAUGCCUGGGGCCAGCCCUACCCCUGCUCUCAGCGGCGCAGACGGCAUCCCUGCUGCAGGCUCUGCAGCCCCUGGACGGCUGGCCCCACUGCCUCCUGCCCCUGCUCCCCCUCCAGCUCCUGCAUCGUGGUGCCCAGGCUUUGCGGGGGGCUCUGUGGGACCUGAACCUGCCCUGGUCCCCACAGCAGGCCCAGCUCCUCUGGAGGGAGGUGGGAGCCAGCACUAACCGCAGCCACCACACUGCUGGUGCCCUGGGCUCGCUGGUGGUGGGCAUGAGCUGCAUGGCGCUGCAGGAGCUGGGCCGGGAGGAUUUCCUGGGGGCUCUCCGAACCCUCUAUGUGCAGCCUCGCUCCCUGCCUGCCAGCCUGGUAAGGAGGAGGCUCCGCAACCCCUGUGGCUCGCAGGCAGCCUGUCCCUGUCCUGCACUCAAAGCAUGGUGUCCCCAGAGGCGCUGCGUGCAGGAGGAGGUGCUCAGGCGUCCUGCGCUCUCCGAGGAGGAGAUGGCAUGGCUGGGACCUCGGUUCCUCAUGGAGUUGCCGGCGAAGCUGGUGGAGAUGCUGCCUGAUGCCAUGAUGCGGCUGGUUCUGGACCAUGCAAUCCGCCAGCCCCGCAGCCUGCUGGCCCUGCCGGCUACCCGCCGGGCAGCCCUGGCCCGUGGGGCCCUGCGCUCCCUGCGGCUCCCAGCAGGGACGGAGCUGGGUGGGGAGGACCUGGACCGGCUGGGCCCACUGGUGGGGUUCCUGGGCCGGGAGACUGUGGCCCGCGUCCAGCCCCAGAGCCUGCUGCCACGGCUGGGGGACCUGCAGGACACCUGCCUGGCCGCGGAGGCGGGUGCCGAGCUGGGGCGGCUGCUGCUGUCGGAGCAGGCGCUGGGGACCCCGCCAGGCUGGCGCCUGCCCACCCUGCAGCAGCUGGGGCGCCUGGUCUUCCUGCUGCCCCUCGAGAGCCUGCGUGCCAUCCCCCGGGACUUGCUGAGCAGAGACACGGUGGAGCAGCUGCUGCAGAACCAGCGGGACUGGGAGCAGAGUGAGCUGGGACACCUCUGCCACCCCCCUGGCACCCUGGGUGAGGACCCCAGCCCGCAGGAAGUGCUGGUGGCCCCACUGGUGGCAGCUGCCAGGCCAGGGGAGCGAGCCCCCGUGCCCAGCUGUGCCGACAUGCGUGCCACCUUCCCUGCGGUGUGGAGCGCAGCCCAGCUGGCCGCCAUGGCCCCCCAGCAGCUGGAGGGCUGCCUGGGGCUGCUCAGCCAGGACACAGCGCUGCGCCCCGACCAGCUCCGGGCUGCCCUGGGCCAGGCCCGGCGGCUGUGGGGCAGCACCGGGGCGCUGGAGCCAGCCCAGACCCUGCGCCUGGGCCGGCUGGCCACCCAGCUGAGCGAGCCGGAGCUGCGGGAGCUGCUGCUUCCUGACUGGGGGGCCCUCUCUGCCCUGGGGGAGCUGGACAGCUGGUCACCUGAGCAGAUGCGGGCCGUGGUGUCCGCCUUCCUGCGGCAGCGUGGGGUGAGUGCCCGGGGCCUGGGGCUGCCUGAGCUGGUGGCACUGGGGCACCUGAUCUGCGGGCUGUCAGCGGCUGAGCUGCGGGGCCUGGACAGCCGGGAGCUCAGCAAAGCUGCUCCUUUCCUGGGCUCGCUGAGCCUGCGCUGUACAGAGCAGCAGGCGGAGGUGCUGGCUGCCUGCCUGACCUCCAGUGCUGCCUUCGGCCCAGCCGCCACCUGGGGACCAGAAAUCUUCGCAGAGGUCGGGACGCUGGCAGCUGGGCUCCCCGACAUCGUCCUCUCUGCGCUGGUCCCUGAGCAGAUCUGGGCCCUCACACCCCGGGCCAUCGCUGCUGUCCCGGCACCCAAGUUUGCAGUGGUCUUUGGCCCAGCUCAGCUGCGCACCCUCUCCAGCAUCCAGGCCGCGGCUGUCACCCUGGGGCAGCGCCAGUGGCUCAGCAGCGCCCAGCGCCAGGCCCUGGCCAGUGCUCAGCAUGAGGGACAGGCUGCCCGGGACGGCCAAGGUGAGAGUGGCUGGGUGGCUUCUGUCCCCACGCAGCACCCCGCCUGCCUGCCGUGGGCAGCUCUGCCCGGUCGCCCCUUGUCCCUGCUCUGCACCGCCAGGCUCAGCAUGGGCACCCUGGGAUGCUGGGAGGGCUCAGGUUGUGCAGGGGUUUGGCCCCAGAGCCUGCAGUGCUACCCUGCGGGGAGGCUGGCCUGGCUUCCUGCCCAGCUCAUACUCUCUCUCGGCCGAGUCCCAUCCCACCUCUGCCCGGAGUCCUCCCUGCUGCUGCCCCCUGCUCUAAACCCACGUCCUGAGCGGCAGCUCUGGGGGCAGCAGCAGAGGGUGCUGUCCCUGCCCAGAACUGUGCACAUGGGGGGUUGUGUGCGCACUUGCAAGCACUGUGAGGGCUCCCGGCAUGUGAGCCCUUCCACGGAGUGCUGGUGCUGGCAUGCUCAGCACUGA